CGAAGGAAUGGUGUCGCUGUCAAAACAGGUUUGAAUAAGUGUUUUCUUUUCCAAUUAUCACACCGGAAAGCAGUUGAAGAAAAAGAUGCCACGAAAAACAGAUCGCAUAAUACGAAGACGGUUGUGGACAGUUGAAAAACUAUCAAUGGCUAUAAAAGCCAAAAUGGAUUGUCCAGAAUCCAGGCAUCAAAAUUGCAUGGCAUUCCGAAACGCACUCUAAUUCGUUAUUUGAAAAAAACUGAUAAUUCUGAGAAGAUUAUAUUGGAGCGGAUGGGAAGUUUUUCAACAGUUUUCUCGCCACAUCAAGAAGAGCAGCUAGUGAUGUAUGCCAUCGAAAUGGGAGAAUGUAUUCAUGGAUUAAGUCCGAGUGAAAUACGUAGUCUAGCUUUCCAGAUGGCUGAGAAAAAUGGAAUUCAGCAUCCAUUCAAUAAAGAAAUCAGACUUGCUGGGGUGGAUUGGCUAAAAUGUUUCCUUCGACGAAAUCAAGCUCUUUCCCUUCGCAAACCGGAAAACUCCUCUCUCGCACGAGCAAGAGGCUUUAACCGGGAAAUUGUUGCUCAGUUCUUUGAUCUUCUGGAAUUGAUUUACAAUGAGCAUGCUUAUUCACCAAGUAGAAUAUGGAAUGCUGACGAGACUGGUGUCAGCACGGUUGAGUCGCGAAACAAAAAGCUUGUGGCAAGAAGAGGUCAACGGCAAGUUGGCAGACUGGUAUCGACAGAAAGGGGCACCAAUACAAGAAUAACGAUGGCUAUGUCAGCAUCUGGCCAAUUUCUCCCCCCAUUCUUUAUUUUCCCACGCCAACGAAUGAAUGGUGCGUUAAAAACGGGAGCACCUCCAGAAUCGGCAUUUACAUGCAACGUAAGUGGUUGGAGUACGAUCGAUACAUUUUCGCUUUGGUUUGACCAUUUUAUGUUGUUCGCUCACCCGACUGCUGAUAAUCCGGUACUACUUAUCCUGGAUGGCCAUACAAGUCACACAAAAAAUUUAGAUGUUUUGGAGAAAGCUAAACGAAAUCAUGUUCGUAUCAUAUCUAUUCCUCCUCACACUUCUCAUAAGACACAGCCUCUUGAUGUUACCUUCAUGGGACCGUUCAAAGCGUACUAUUCAAAAGCAUUAAGCACAUUCAUGAAACUAAACACGGGUAAACACGUAACGAUCUAUAACGUUGCUGCAAUGGUCAACGAAGCAUUUAUUGCAGCUGGAAAGCUUUCCAUAGCUCAUAAUGAUUUUCGAAAAACCGGCAUACAUCCAUUUAAUCGGCAGGUGUUUUCCGAUGAUGAUUUUGCACCUUCGCACAUUCUAGGACGUCCAUUCAACGAUAAGAAAGGAAACGAUACAGAUCCAUCUAACGACGCUAGUCUUGCAUUCGGUGAUUGUAUAAUUGAAGCAAAUAGUGUUCCCACGAAAUGGAACAUAGAUGACAGAACCUUUGAUUUCAUAGACGAAUACGGUUUGUUCACAUCGCUAGUUGUACAAGAGUACGAUGAUAAUGGAAACAUUAUCUCGGCGCAUAGUGAGGAAACAGAAGAGGAGCUAGCAAAAUCUAUGAAUUUACCUAUAUUUGAUCAUAUUGACACCAACUCAGUCAAUCUGGUUACGAACGAGGCUCUACAUAAGAAUCAACAAGAAUUAUUAUUGGCUGAUAGUCUUCAUAAUCGCAGAGAAAAACGCAAAACCGCAAAAAUAAACUGUCCGAUAACCAAGAGAAUGUUGCUUCAUUUGUAUCUUUUAUUCAAACAAAACACCGUCGAUGGGAUCAUGAGUUCCUGAAAGCGCCGAACCGAUCUAGGAAUUUCGAUGCUUUACUAUCGGACAAAAAUAUCGUUCAGCUUACUCAAGUGCGGAACCAAAGGAAACGCAAGACUAGUCGGAAGGAGCAGCAAUGCAUGGACCUAACAUCAUCCCCAUACCGAAAGCAGCUUAAGCAGAAUCAAGCAUCCAAAAAAAAAAAGCAAAAAUAUUAAGAAAAGACCUGCAAGAAAUCCAAAAUCUAAGGAAGACGACAAGCUGGAGGAUGUCAUGUGCCAUAUAUGUGGUUUGCUUUUCAGUACUUCAACGAACGGAAAUGGAUGGAAGAGAUGUA